GGCAUUUUGUGGUGAGGGAGAAAGCUGGGGGGAGCAGGAAGAAGAGAACACAAGAUGGCGGCCUAAGGAGAGAACGGAGGGCUGCGGCUGUAGUGGAGGGAAAACCACAGAAACCCGGCGCUUAAGGGUCCGGGAGGCUCGGUAGGAGCCACCUAUUGCUCGGGAGAAGGGGCAGUUAGGUCAGGGGAGCGGCGAUCUUCGGCUGCCCCGCCAUCUUCUAACAAAGAAAGAAACGGGAGCCUGAGCCCUCCGGGACCCUGAGGCAUCACCCCCCGGAGAUCUUCGUGAUCCCAGUACGAACUGGUGCGUCUUGUCUUUGGAGUUCUCGUCACCCUUCCGCCCCCGGAUCAUGGCUAGCAGCAGCGGCUCCAAAGCGGAGUUUAUCGUCGGAGGGAAGUACAAGCUGGUGCGGAAAAUCGGCUCCGGUUCCUUCGGGGAUAUCUACCUGGCGAUCAACAUCACCAAUGGCGAGGAGGUUGCUGUAAAGUUGGAGUCACAGAAAGCUCGCCAUCCUCAGCUGUUGUACGAAAGCAAGUUAUACAAGAUCUUGCAAGGUGGUGUUGGAAUACCACACAUCCGGUGGUAUGGACAAGAAAAGGACUACAAUGUUCUAGUCAUGGAUUUGUUGGGGCCCAGCCUCGAGGAUCUCUUCAAUUUUUGUUCCCGCAGGUUCACUAUGAAAACUGUGCUUAUGUUAGCAGACCAGAUGAUCAGUAGAAUUGAAUAUGUACACACAAAGAAUUUUAUACACAGAGACAUCAAGCCAGACAACUUCCUAAUGGGCAUCGGCCGUCAUUGUAAUAAGUGUUUCGAAUCUCCAGUGGGGAAGAGGAAAAGAAGCAUGACUGUUAGUACUUCUCAGGACCCAUCUUUCUCAGGAUUAAACCAGUUAUUUCUUAUAGACUUUGGUCUGGCCAAAAAGUACAGAGACAACAGAACAAGGCAGCACAUACCUUACAGAGAAGACAAAAACUUGACUGGCACAGCCCGCUACGCCAGCAUUAAUGCCCACUUAGGAAUUGAACAGAGUCGUCGUGAUGACAUGGAGUCUCUAGGAUAUGUACUAAUGUACUUCAACAGAACCAGCCUUCCUUGGCAGGGACUGAAGGCUGCAACGAAGAAACAAAAAUACGAAAAGAUCAGUGAAAAGAAGAUGUCUACUCCUGUUGAGGUUUUGUGUAAGGGAUUUCCUGCAGAAUUUGCUAUGUAUCUCAAUUAUUGUCGUGGAUUGCGUUUCGAAGAGGCACCGGACUACAUGUAUCUGAGGCAGCUUUUCCGAAUUCUGUUCAGAACUUUGAAUCACCAAUAUGACUACACGUUUGACUGGACAAUGUUGAAGCAGAAGGCAGCUCAGCAAGCGGCCUCCUCCAGUGGGCAGGGCCAGCAAGCCCAAACCCCCACAGGCAAGCAAACUGACAAAUCCAAGAGUAACAUGAAAGGAUUUUGAAUACGCAAGGAGCAGACAUUGCAGUUCCUGGCACGAGCUGGACCGUCACUCCCUUAAAGCCUAGAGAUUUUUAGUUCAUAUGUACACUUGCCAGCUGUUGUGGGAGACCAUUUACUUGGUGUAAAAGGAACUUAAUUUCAGUCUAAACUGGCUACCUGCGGCGUCGAGGUGCCGACUUGUAGCUGCUGUUAAUUAUUGUGAAUAUCACUAAGAUUAGUGAAACAUGGUGUCCAGUUCUUUGAUUGCAAUUCCCUUCCCCCAGAAAGUGUGGGACUGGGUGGUUCAGUUAUCUGGCGUUCAGCAGAGUGGUGGAAGAAAUUGUGCAUAUGCCAAUUUAUUUUUGUUCCUAUGGUUAACCUCUUGAACCUUACACUGCUCACGACUUCUACUUCAAAAGACCAACACGAAUUGGUUCCCCAGAGACAGUUGUGACGACCCAAGUCUAAAGAGAAUACUCCAUUGUUUCUUCGGAUUUUUCUUUUUCUUCACCUCUGUUUUUUAAGUUGUACACUUAAAACAUUCUUAACUGUUGCAUUGUAAGGCCUAUUUGCUGUCCAGGCAGGCGUUCCUACAGUGAAUGAGCAACUAGAACUUUCUUUUGAUCUCGUCUGUCACCUUGUAUGGUUAUUCCGGUGACCACGUGGCUCCAGGUUAUUAGGAUCGACUGGCAUAGCAGCUUCUCUUCCUUAAUGUACAUGCACAGCAGUCUGCCAUUUCUUGAUAAUCUGAAACCAAUAAAUGUCCCUGACGUAACCAAAGAUUACAAUUUUAAGCAGAUAAUCUAACUGAGCUUUUCUGUGUUUUUAAGAAAAAGGACUGUGCAGACCUAAAAACACAACUUGGCAGUUCUAGUCUAUAGAGAAUGGGAAAUAACAAAGCAAACUGCAGCAUUUCUGUCACAAUCUUAGUUAACAUCUUUUGACUAAAAGCUUAUAUGAGUGGCUUAGGAAAUGUAAUCACUGUAAACCUGAUCUGGGAUAUGUUUUUAUUUCCAACAUUUUUGUUUGUUUACAAGUUCAUUAAAAACUAAAAAAAUGGA